AUGAGGCUCGCGUGCUUCUUCUUGAGUGGAGCGACGAGGCUCGUCCUCUUCGGCGCGCUCCUGCCGCGCUUCACCGACGCCGACGACGACGAUGGCGUCCCGGCCUGCGCGUGCGACUACUACGACGCAACGAUGACUGACAUGGAAUUCUGCUCGGUGCAGGAGAGCUCCGGCAUCUCCUGCUACGCUUUGCCGACCUCGGGCUCCUGCGAUUACGGCGGCACGGUCUGCGCGAUCGCGGCGCCGACGCCGGCGCCGACGGCGGCGCCGACGCCGCGGCCGACGGCUCGGUGCGCGACCGUCAGAUUCGCCGAGCGCGUCGUGUCGACGGUCGGCGACCAGCCCGAGCACGUCGUCGCGCACGACAUCGACGGCGACGGCGACCUCGACGUCCUCGCGGCGGAUUGGUUCGACGACGCCGUGUCCUGGUACGAGAACGACGGCGCCGAGUCGUUCUCCGCGCGCGUCGUCACGACGUCGGCGGACUACGUGCGCGCCGCCGUGGCCGCCGACAUCGACGGCGACGGCGACGUCGACCUCGCGUCGGCGUCGGGCAUCGACCAGAAGGUCGCGUGGUACGAGAACGACGGCGCCCAGUCGUUCGCGGAGCGCGUCAUCACGACGUUGGCCGACGGCGCGGCGGACCUCGUCGCGGUCGACGUCGACGGCGACGGCGACGUCGACGUCGUGUCCGCGUCGAACGACGACCACGAGGUCGAGUGGUACGAGAACGACGGCGGCUUUAGUCGGACGUUCCUGAUCGACUACUGGUUGGACGAGGCGUGCGCCGUCUCCGCGGCCGACGUCGACGGCGACGGCGACCUGGACGUCGUCGCGGCCGGGUGCGCGACGAGCGGCGUCGGCUCCGUCUACUGGUACGAGAGCUACGCGGCGCAGUCCUGGGUCUCCCGUCGGGUCAGCCAGAGCAGCUCGCCGCGCGCGGUCUUCGCGAUCGACGUCGACUCCGACGGCUCCAUGGACCUGCUCGUCGCCGACCGCUUCGAUGACAGCAUCGUGUGGAGAGAGAACGACGGCUCGCAGUCGUUCGAAGGACGUGUCAUCACGACGCUCGCGGACACUGCCUUGUCCGUCUUCGCGAUCGACGUCGACGGCGACGGCGACGUCGACGUCCUGUCGGCGUCCCUCAACGACGACACGAUCGCGGGGUACGAGAACGACGGGGCCCAGUCCUUUACCGAGCAAAUCAUCACGACGCUGGCGGACGGCGCCCGCUCCGUCUUCGCGGCCGACGUCGACGGCGACGGCGACGUCGACGCGCUCGCGGCGUCGCGCUACGACUCCACGGUCGCGUGGUACGAGAACGACUGCGGCGCGCCGUCGCCGCCGACGCCGCAGCCGACGCCGCAGCCGACGCUCGACUGCGCGAGCGCGUCCUUCGCCGCGCGCCAGAUCGACGGAGCCGCGGACGGCGCCGAGUCCGUCUUCGCGACGGACGUCGACGGCGACGGCAACGUCGACGUGCUGUCGGCGUCAUUCGAGGACGACACGGUCGCCUGGUACGAGAACGAUGGGCGGGAAUCGUUCGCGACGCGCGUCGUCACGACGCUCGCGUCGCAGGCGGCCUGCGUCGUCGUGGCCGACGUCGACGGCGACGGCGACGCGGACGUCGUCGAGGCGAACAAGUUGGGCCCCGAUACGGUCGCGUGGUACGAAAACGACGGGGCGCAGUCGUUCACGAAACGUUCCCUUUCGACCACGGUGGACGCGUACUCCGUCGUCGCGGUCGACGUCGACGGCGACGGCGACAUCGACGUCGUGUCCGCGGCCUUGGCGUCGAGCGUUGUUGCGUGGCACGAGAACGAGGGGUCCGGGGCCUUCACCGAGCGCGUCGUCUCGAACGUAUUGGGUCCCCGGAGCGUCUUCGCGACGGACGUCGACGACGACGGCAACGUCGACGUCCUCGUCGCGGCGCAGUACGGCGACGCCGUCGAGCUUUGGACGCGUACCGCCGCCUCCUCCGACCUCUUCAACGGGUUAACCAUCACGACGACGGUCUUCGACCCCACGAGCGUCUUUGCGAUCGACGUCGACGGCGACGGCGACGUGGACGUGCUGUCGGCGUCCAUGUCAGACGACACGCUCGCGUGGUACGAGAACGACGGGUCCCAGUCCUUCACGAUGCACCCGUUCAUAAAGACGAAUCAGGCGCACUGGGUCUUCGCCAUCGACAUCGACGGGGACUCGGACGUCGAUGUUGCGGACGCGGCGUUCGACGACCACCCCGGAUGGAACGAGAACGACGGGUCCCAGUCGUUCGCUCACCACGUCAUCGACUCGACCACGUCCAACACCAUCCAGGUCUUCGCGACCGAUGUGGAUCUCGACGGCGACGUGGACAUCCUCGCCGCGUCUUGGGAGAGCGACUCGAUCACCUGGUACGAAAACUCGUGCGUCGCCGACGCCACCGCCGCGCCCGAGCCCGAGCCCACGGCGGAGCCCACGCCGGAGCCCACGGCCGGUCCCGCGCCGGAGCCCACGGCGCCGCCCACGGCCGGUCCAACGCCGGAGCCCACGGCGCAGCCCACGGCGCAGCCCACGGCCGGUCCAACGCCGGAGCCCACGGCGCAGCCCACGGCCGGUCCCAAGCCGGAGCCCUCGCCGGAGCCCACGGCCGGUCCCAAGCCGGAGCCCACGACCGCUCCCUCGUCGACGCCGUCGCGGUCGCCGUCCUCGAACACUCCCUCGUCGGCGCCGUCCUCGAACGCUCCCUCGUCGGCGCCGUCGCGGUCGCCGUCCUCGGAGGCGCCCUCGUCGCGGCUCCCGACCUCCGGAGCUCCCUCGCCGCUGCCGUCGCCGCUGCCGUCGCCGCUCCCCACGCCGCUCCCCGAGGCCGAGGAGGCACUCGUCGCCGUCGAGACGGACGUGGCAACGCAGACGAGCCGCGUCGUCGCCGCGAGCACGGCCGUCGCGACCGUGGGCGCGCUGUCGGCGAGCGGCGCGACGGCGUCGACGUCGACGUCGUUCUCCUUCGCGUCCGCGGCCCCCGGGGGCGGGCCCGGGAACCCCGCGCUGCGCCUGCUGCUCGUGCCGUCCGCGGCGCUCGAGCUCGCGUCGGCCUGGCAGGCUUUGCGGCCCCCGGACCGGCGGCGGCGCCUCGCGGCGAGCUCGGGCGACGCGUGCCGCGAGCGCAUGCUGUCCUGCUUCCUCGUCGUCGCGCCCGUGGCGGCCAUGCGGCUCCAGGCCGUCGCCGCGCUCCGCUGGACGCGGCUGCUGCGGUUCCUCGAGAUCGCCGCGCGGACGCCGCGGAAGGCGUCGGCGCUGCUGCGGCGGUCCGUCGUCGCCGAGGCCCUGCGCGACGGGAGGCGCGCGCGGCUCCUGCGGUCGAACAACCUCGUCAACGCGGCCGUCGUCGGUUUUAUGUUCGCCGCGGCCGUCGGCGCGCUCUCCCUGGACCGGGCGGACGCGGCCUACGGCGCGGGCGCGACGUCCUGCGACGAUUUGGAGGCCGCGGCGACGGGCCUGCGGGCCGCGACGCACGCGCUCGCCGCGGCGGGCCUCGCGGCCGCGGCGCUGCCCAUCCUCGGCGCGCGCGGCGGCAUCGUCGGGGCGCUGAAGGCCGACGCGGCGGGCACGCUGGCCGUCUUCGCGUGCGGGCUCCUCGCCGCGGCCGGCGUCGUUUUGGCGGCGCUCGGGGGCGCCGCGCCGCGCGACGCGUUCGCGUUCUACCGCUUCGCGCUCUACGGCGGCUGCCUCGCGCCGCUCCUGCUCUCGGCCUCGGCCGCCGCGGUCGACGCCUUCGCGCGGAGCCGGCGGGGGCGCGCGCUGCGCGCCUCUCUCUCCGGGUCCAAGCUGCGGCAGAAGGACGACGCGCCGGGCGUGGAGUUGAAGAGUCCCGGGGGCGCCGCGGCGCGCCGCGGCGACCUCGACGACAUCCUACGCGACGCCUCAACCGCGGAGCUCUUCGCCAAGUUCCUGGCCCAGCAGUACUGCCUCGAGAAUUUGGUCUUCUGGCGAUUGGUAGCCGCGCUGCCGCCGGGCGACGCCGUCGGCUUCGGCGACGCGGACCGCAUCUUCGGCGAGUUCCUCGAUCCCCGGACGGCGACGCUCCAGGUCAACGUGCCCGCGUCCAUGGUCGCGCGCGUGCGCGACGCGCUCGCGGCGUCGUCCAAGGGCCGCGCCGUGCCCAGGGAGCCCAUCGCCGCGUGCGCCCGCGAGUGCCGCCACCUCAUGGAGACGGACUCGCUGCCCCGCUUCAAGAAGUGGGGGCCCUACGUGGCCUUCCUCGACGACGGCGUCGCGCGCGCCGCGGGGCCGGGCAUCGGCGACGAGUGGGCCGAGCUCCUCGCGGUCUACGACGGCGAACCCGCCGCGUUCGCCACGGAGAACCCGCUCCAGGAGGCGGCCUCGACGCGGCCGAGCGACGCGUCGAAGCGCCUCGGCGAGCAGCGCAAGAGCCCGUCGCCCGCGCACCGCGACGCGCGCCGCACGAGCGACUGGGCGUCCGCGUCGUCCGUCGCCGCGCGGCCGUCGAGCACGCCCCGGGCCGCGCCCGCGAAGCUCGCGCUGCUGGCGCACUACCGCUACGUGUUCACCGACCGCGAUGCGCUGCGCGAUGCCGCGCCACCCGCGACGCUGCAAAACACGCCGCCGCGCGACGCGCCGCUCGUCUGCGCGCCCUGCCGGCCGCGCCGGGCCGCCACGCGCCAGGAGCGCAAGGCCGCCAAGGCGAGCAUCCGCAAGCUCCGCGGCGACGCCGGCGCGGGCGACGCGCUGCGGCGCGCGGGCAUGUGCGCGCACUGGAUGGCGGGCAAGUCGCGGUACUGCAACUUCGCGCCGCCCGAGGGCCUCCGCUACUGCCGGCACCACGACCCGGACCUCGCCGGCGACCUGGCGCGCGUGCCCUGCCCCGUCGACGGCAGCCACACGGUGCUCCGGAGCCAGCUCGAGGCCCACGUGAAGAUCUGCGCGACGAAGACCGACGCGGACCGACAAAGACAGCAGGCCUGGUUCCGCGAGGGCGUCAACGGCGGCGGCGCCGGCGCGCUCGGCGACGUCGACGCGCCGCCGCGGCCGACGCGGGCGCUGCUCGCCGCGCUCGGCGCCUUCGAGGCGCAGCGCUGCGGCGCGCGGCCGUCCGCGGCCGCGACGAAGCGGCAGCGCCACGCGAUCCAGGGCGACCUCAUCGUCGAGGCCGCGGCGCGGGAGAUCCCGGAUCUGUUCGCGGACCGCGCGGCCGUCGUCGAUCUCGGCGCGGGCAAGGGCGGCCUCGCCGCGCGCGUCCGCGCCGCGUACCCGGGCGACGCCGUCGUCUGCGUCGAGCGCGAGGCGCGGCGCCACAAGCGCGACGGCGACAUGCGCGAGGUCGGCGCCUUCGCGCGCGUGCGCGGCGACCUGGCGGACGUCGACCUGGCGAGGGUGGACGCGCUCGGGACUUUGGCGGUGGUGGGGGUCGCGAAGCACCUGUGCGGCUCGGCGUCGGAUUUGGCGCUGAAGGCGCUCGACUCGCUGCCGCCGGGGACCUGGCGCGGCCUCGCGCUGGCGACGUGCUGCCACCACCGCUGCGACUGGUCCUCCUACGUCGGCCGCGACUACUUUUGCGUGGCGGUCGACGGCGGCAACGCGGCGGAAUUCGCAAAGGUCGCGCGCUGGGCCGCCUGGGCGACGAUGGAGGACCCGGACGCCGCGCCGGCGAGUCGCGACCGGUCGGGCCACGACCGGCCGCCAGCGUCGGACCCGGACGAGGCCCUCGCGGGGCUCGGCUGGCGCGAGAAGCGCGACGUCGGCCGCCGGUGCAAGCAGCUCAUCGACGAGGGCCGCAUCGACUUCCUCGCGCGGCGCGGCCUCGCGCGCGCGGCCCGCGUCCACUACUGCGACGCGGCCCUCUCGCCCGAGAACAACCUCAUCGUCGCCGACGGCUCCGCCGCGCCGGUCCGCGCGGAGCCCGUCAAGGACGACGUCAAUGACGUCGCCGCGCGGAGCUGGUGCCACUGCGCGUGUUCCUAG